GGCAUCAGUUAUCCAUUCAGCUGGCGUGCAGUAAUAUCAACUAAAACAACAUGAAGGUCUUAAUCAUCGCCGUUUUAAUUGCUGCUGUUGUUGCUGACCAAGCACCCUAUUAUCAGCCUAGCUACUACCCCGAAUACAAGCCGGAGUACAAGCCAGAGUAUAAGCCCGAAUAUAAGCCGGAGUACAAGCCGGAGUACAAGCCGGAGUAUAAGCCGGAAUACAAGCCUGAAUACAAGCCGGAGUACAAGCCAGAAUAUCCAACUCAAAAGCCGUACUACGCAGAACCAGCUUACAAACCCACUUACCCAGAGUAUAAGCCAGCUUAUACCGAACAUAAACCGGCUUACCAUGAACCAACGUAUGCCCACCCGGCACCAGCUUACAAACCCGGAUACAAGCCUGCGUAUCCGGAACACAAACCGACUUACUCGUCUCCACCACAGUAUCCUUCCUACGCCCCAACAUAUCCAGUCAAAUAUUAA